UUGGGGUUGCGGCAAAAUAAAUGCGGAUAGUGCAGUGAGAAUGCGCAGCAAUCCGCAAGAGACCCGUCUCACCUUGUGAAGCGAACGAGGGGGAGGAAACAAAACGUCUCAACAAGAAGGCGUGUUUUACAUUUUCGCUUGAUGUCACUCCCUCGUAACAAAAAAUGGAUAUACUCAGAGUGGGUAUCUGGAAUGAUGUGGCAACAUCAACAACCAUUGAGCUUAAUGGAGAACACUAAAGGAAUCCUUUUAAGAUGACACUCACCGAAUCACUUGACUUAUUGGUAUCAAGUGUGCAUCAAGACAUAAAGAUUGUCCCAAUUUCUUCACUCUCCAAAUACUUGCAACUCUCCAAAGAAUGUAAUUCUUCAAAUUGCAACUCACUGGAAGACAUUACGAGUGAGGUCACUAAGCAGCACUGUGGUACAUUUGACUAUAACUCACUGGAACACACAAAUCAUCAAAAAUAUUCAAUGUAUUCCCCAUACAAUAACAACACUGAUAGACAUGGAGCUAAUCCAAAUAUUGUCUGGAAUUCACUGGGGGAUCAAUAUAAAUACCGCUUUUCUGCUCCAGACAUUUUCAACUAUAGGUUAACUUCUCAACCAACGCAUACACAUAUGGACAGUGAGCCUGCUGUUCCUGAGCAUAAACGAAGGGCUCGGUCAAAAAGUGCACCCCGAGUCCAAACCAGUCUCACCCCUUUAUCAUUGGAGCCCUCAGCCUCAGGAAGGAAAGGAAGGGAGUCCCAACGGACUGUUGGAGAAUCUCACUGGAGACAUGAUCAAUCACCACAUAAGGAGUCCUCUUAUGGAGCAAAUGGAACACAUUUACAUGAAAUACAACCUGUUGGACCUCAUCCUCAAAGUACUGUUAACAAUAGAUAUUCACCCCAUUAUCUGACUAAAACCUGUGAGGAGGCAUUGUUGGAUAAACCAACAACCAGCCCUCAUGUCAGAUGUCGGGUAGACAUUAAACCAAGUGAUUCUGCAUUACAUCAUACUGGACAGAAACAGCCUACUUCUCAAAUGGACAUCCCCUGGCAGAGACACCACAAUUUCGAGAGUAGAAGCCUGACAGUUCCCCGCCAUUUCUGCUAUUCUAGAGCACCAACUCCUACUGAUUCAGUGGGUAGAGAGAGUCUACAACCUUCUCUAAAUUCCCGCAGUCUCCCAAAUAAGUACAAAUACCAAAUGAAGGUUCCUUUAAAAAGGAUGUCUUCUGGGGAUAAUAUGGAAAACAGAACUCAUUCCAGUCCUAAUAGACAAAUCCAAAUAUUUUAUGAUGAUGAUCAUUGUAGAUAUGUGACCACUGCUCCUCAACUGAGUUCUUAUUUUCAUGAUCAACGUAACACAGGACAAGCUUCCAAAGUGCAAUAUGUACAUGAACAAAGAGGUCGAAUAGUGCAUGCUAUGAAUACAAGGCCUUAUUACAGUGAAAAGGAGCCCUAUCCAUACACCUUACAGGCAGGGUAUCCAAAAUUCCUUACAGCAAAUGAGCCAGGGCCAUAUAUCAUACAACCGCAACCAACUAGAACAUUUUAUGGGGAUGACCCAAGGACUUAUCAAAUUCAGACUGCUCCUCCAAGAUUUUAUUAUUCACAUAACGUGCAUGUCAUGCCACCACUGCACCAUGUACCAGCAAGGGUCCAUUAUACAGACAGACAAAAAAAUGUGAGAAUCAAUCAACCACUGACAGAUGACUGGUGCAGUUCAUAUGCUUCUGAAUAUUCCUUUAAUCCAGGAAUUUAUGUGUCCCAAGUCACUCCAACAAGAGUCCAACAAGAAGCUGUAUUAAUGCCUUGGUAUUCUAACCCUUCUGCAGAAACUCAAAGAAUUGGUACAGAUUCUAAAGCCUACUCAAGAUCAUUAGAUGAUAUCAUUAACUCACAUACAGUGAGGGAUCAAUCUUCUUCUGUUCAACGGCAUCAGAGUUAUAAUGAUCUAGAUCCAAGGAAACCUGGAGGAGCGUUAGCUGACAAACCACAGCCAGUUGUAGUCAAUCUCUCCACUUCACCAAGACGUUAUGCCGCUUUAUCAAUGUCUGAUAACUCCUUGGUUGACCAAAGUCCUCCACCAGCAUUAAACAUCACAACUAGCAAACACUGCUUAGUAACUCCAGAGAUUACAAUCACUGAUAAUGACUUUCGGACUGGGAAUCUUGGGAAGGCUGAAGGAAAGUCUGCCAGUUGGGAUAUUCUAGACUCAAGAGGCGCUGGAGAUCAGCAUGAAAUUACAGCCUCAAUCAAAGAAAAGACACAUGACAACUCUCUUCAACAAAGUCUUGAACAACUUGAUGAGCUACUGGCUGAUCUUGUGACUGACUACAAACUGCAUACUCGAAGGGCAAGUGAGGAUAUACUAGAUCAGCUAAAGAAGCUGAUUGAUGAGGAAGAGGAAGUAUCUUUGUCAAGGAAGAAUUCAGAGGCCGUUGCAGAAGAACUACCAGCUCUUGACAUACAGCCAACAUCAGUAAGAUUAAACACUGACACAUUGCAAGAAAUGGAUGGGACAAGCAUUGCAAUGAUGGGUGCAAAUGAGUGCUCCCCAGAUCAGAGCCCAGAUGAAGAUGAUACAAUGAUGUGUUCAAACAAUAAAUGCCGGAGAACCGAAACUCUGUUCAAUGCUUGCCUUUACUUUAAAUCCUGCCACAGCUGUUACACAUAUUACUGCUCUCGCAACUGCCGAAGAGAAGACUGGGACAUUCAUAAAGAGAGUUGUGUUUAUGGUAGAAUUGGCAGCUCAUGUCGACAUAUCAUCAAACAUUGUCGUGAGACUAUUGAAGUCCACAAAGCCUUCUCCCGUCUUGCCAAAGUUGGUUACCUUUCUCGAGGUAAAGGCGUACUCUUCCUUGGUUUCCCAAACAUUGUGGCAUCCAGUAACUUUUUGCAGGCAGGUCUGGAUAGUCUACCUAUGUCACCUACGUACUUGUCUCUAAGAGAGCUUGAAAGUUUCAAAGACAACCUCGGUGAGUACUGUAAAGAGUUGCAAGAAGCUGGAAAUGAGUAUGACCCGAAUGAAUGUUUUAUCUUGAAUGUAUCCAUUGCUGUCGGUGAACAGCUGGCUGAUGGGCCUUCACCAAGAAAAAUAGCUGCAGCGGUCAGAAAAUAUGCAAAGAUUGCUCUAGCCUCUUUCAGCCCUGACAGAAAACUCCACAAAAAACAGGGUGACAUGGAAACCCUGAUCCUAACCCCACCACCAGGAACAGCCGAUAUUGACAAAGAAGGAGAAGAAGGCAGGAAGGCCAGAGAAAUCUGCUUUAUCAAUAUACAACGAGAGUUAAGGAUCCGAGGAGUAUUCUUACGGCAUGAAUAUCCACAUGUUUAUCACCAGCUCUGUCAAUUUGUUGAAAAUAAUCUAAGAUUUACCCCCACCACUAUUUAUCCAACUGACAAGAGGACAGGUAAACAGUUUAUGUGCAUGAUUAUGGCUGCCUCUGAGCCAAGGACCCUGGACUGGGUAGGAACUCCACAUCUCCUUGAUGACAUUAUUUAAAAGCAAAAAUGUGUUUGCAGCAUGCAAACAAAACUGUACAUUCAUUUAUUUUCUUAUUCAUUUUGCCAUUCUAAUUCUUAACAAACCACUUUAUUUUCAACAUACAGAACAUAAUCAUUAUCCUUGUAAUUUAUCUGUAUAUUGACUGUUUACUGUUACAUAUACAACCUAAAGUAUUCCUUCACAAGGAAUGACCCAAUAUUUAAUGAUGUAUUAUAGGGAAAAAAUGUUAUUGUGUUCUUGACUUCAAAGAAAUUUCUAUGCAAAGCUGAUCUAUACAAAUAAUAAUUUUAUGUUACCAGCCAUUUUAUGAUACGACUUGUCUUCAUCAGGGUUAGGGAUGAGCUGCAACCUACCCCAACCAAAAUUAAGCACACACCAGACUGGUCACCAGCCAUUCAGCAGACACAUAUAAGCAAAGAACCAUUCACACUCAAAGCUUUGGAAAAAUUAGUCUUUAAUCAACCUACUAUCCAUGUUUUGUGAAUGCAGAAGGAAUCACAUGAGAUAUUUGCCCAUAUAAAACCAAUGCGGCAUAAAAUAAAUUCUAAAUUUCUUUUUUCUUUACUAUUACUGAGAUGAAAAUUACACCCAGUAUAUUAUCAUCAUCAUUGAAAAUAGUAGUUUACUCACCGAACUUUGAUAUAGGAAGACUGGGUUCAAUUCACACUGUAAUGUAACAAUGAAAAUUAGAGUAGUCAUCGACUGUAAGUCUCUUGGAAUGUGCAUUGCCUGUUGUUGACUGGCCACCAGUCUCUGUUGUACUCACCCUUUCACUGAUUCUCAUUACAUUAAUUAAAGGUUCCCCAUCAUGUUUGUUGCUUAUAGAAUGUUCCCCCCGUGCUCUAACAGUUUUCUUUCAUUGAAGCAAUACUGGACAUGGCAGCUGCCUUUACAAUUAAUAUUUGCAGGCACGUGGACACACAACCACCAUGUAUUGCGCCCUGAAGUUUUGCCUUGAACCAAAAUAGUACCCUUUUUGCUGCAGACAAUUUUUUUCCAGAAUCAAUAUUAAAAAUAAUAAUAAUUACCAUCUCUGUCAUAAAUUCUACUUUAUCUAUUUUUUUAAUUUAAAGGGUAUUGAUCCUUACUCCAAGUCCCCUGCUUCUCCUUCCAAAAAGCUGUCAUUUGAACAGGGGUGCCCUGACUUUUUAUAUCCACUGUAGCUUCCCUUAACCUCCUUUGUCAAUAGUUGUAUUGCUGACUGUGUUCAUAGAAAUAUAUACAGGUUAAAUUAUAUGUAUUUUUUUUCUAAAUUGUCUAAAUUUUGGUGAUGGUUUUUUUUUUUUUUGCCGGAGCACCUGCCCCCAACAAUGUCUAUUUACAUUGAAAUUUUUUACUUCAGAUAUAAGAUUUGGCAUAAUCAUUGCUAUGUCCUUACAUGGUAGUAUGAAAAAGUAGCAAGAAUAAUUGUCAUAUGGAGUAGAUUAAAUCUUCAAUGUUCAUUGUUUUUUUUUAGGCUGUGUGUUUACUGUGGGUGCUUUGUCUUUGAUUUUACAUUAUAAAUUCAUGAGAGUACUCCUUUGUUGCAUGUGUUUAUUAAAUCAACACAUUUUAAUGUGGUCACAAUAUUCUACACAUAAAAAAAUACGUAUUUUGGGGUUUUGUUCAGGAUGUAUCUAUAAUGCAGUAUGAACUUAUAGGUCAACCUAAUUUGAUUAAUUCAAAACUUUUAAAUGCCCUUGUUCAGUUGUUCAAUGCUUGAGUACUUUUUGCUUUUCUUUAGCGGAAUUUUUUAUUCACGAAUCAACUAAGAAUUUUCCUGACUCAAUUAGAAUAGGCAUUUAAACGUUCCUCUUCAUCAUGCUGUUCACAUUUUCACAUCAUCUUACAACGAUAUCGAACAAAGGAUAAACAGUUCCUCGCCGUUGUAAAUUUUGCCAUUUGAAGCCCCUUGUUAGAGAAGAGCAAGGUGUGAAAAAAGUACUACACUAAGGAACUAUUGGUGAUGUAUUCAAACAUUUCAAAAAGGCCAAAUUAAGUUUAUUUAAUAAUUAUUUAUUAAUUUAAGAUUCAAAGAUUACAGUGUUUAAAUUCUAUAAUGUUUGUUUCAUGAAAUUGGGUCAUUUAUUCACAACAUAUUGUUCUGUUUCACUUGCAUGUUUCCAGUACACACAGUAUUUGCAGAAGCUGGAGUUUUGUGAGUGUGUGUGCGCGCGCUUGGAUACACGCGUGUGUCCAAUCAGACUUGAGCCUCUUUGUUCUCCCAUAACAAUCUUAUCCACCCGAAGGGCUUCAUAAGCAGUAGUUAUAGCCAAUAUUUGCAAUGGGAGUGUUUCUUUAAUCAGAUGUCAAGUUUGCUUCGGAGGGAAAGCGAGCUGGCUCACAUUGACAUCAUGAUUUUUCCGUCCUCUGAUUAGUCAGUCAGAGCAACCCAAAUUUUAUGAGAAAAAAACUCAUCCGUGUCAAUACGCACAUUAAGAACUUUCUGUAGUGAGCAGGAUCUAUUUAUUUAUUUAUUUGUUUAUCUAUAAGUCAUGCUAUUAGAUAAAUAUCAAUUCUGAACUGCUAUACAUGACAUAUGUGACACAGUUGCGGGCUUUAUUAAUUAUUAUUUUUAAUGUAAUGGUUCCUAUCAUGCAGCAUGAUUGUAGUGGUUAAGAGGCCAAUGUACUGUCCCGUUAGGAGUCGCAACAGCGUGUCAUCUUUUUCCAUCCAAGCCCAUCUCGUGCAUCUUCUUUAUCAACCACUGUCCUCAUGUCCUCCCUCAGAACAUCCAUCAACCUUUUGGUCUUCCUCUUGCUCUUUUCCCUGGGAGGUCCAUCCUCAGCACCCUUCUACCAAUAUACUCACUCUCUUGUCUCUGAACAUGUCCAAACCAUCUGAGUCUGCUCUCUCUAACCUUGUCUCCAAAACAUCCAACUUUGGUUGUCCCUCUAAUGAGCUCGUUUCGAAUCCUUUCCAAUCUGUUCGCUCCAAGCGAGAACCUCAGCAUCUUCAUUUCUGCUACCUCCAGUUCUGCUUUUUGUUGUUUCUUCAGUGCCACCGUCUCUAAUCCGUACAUCAUGGCUGGCCUCACCACUGUUUUAUAAAUGUUGCCCUUCAUCCUCGCAAGACUCUUCUGUCGCAUACAACAUCAGACACCUUCUGCCAACUGUUUCAUCCCGCUUGGACCCAUUUCUUCACUUCUUUAUCACACUCUCCAUUGCUCUCUAUUGUUGACCCCAAGUAUUUGAAGUCAUCCACCCUCUCUAUAUGUUCCCCCUGGAGCUUCACUCCUCCUCCGCCCCUCACAUUCAUUACUACCGCAAACAGGAAGGGGCUCAGCGCGGAUCCCUGAUGCAGUCCCACCUCCACCUUAAAUUCUUCUGACACACCAACGGCACAUCUCACCGCUGUUCUGCUGCCCUCAUACAUGUCCUGUACAAUUCUAACAUAUUUCUCCGCCACACCAGACUUGUGCAUGCAGUACCACAGUUCCUCUCUUGGUACUCUGUCAUAGGCUUUCUCUAGGUCUAUAAAGACACAAAGUAGCUCCUUCUGACCUUCUCUAUACUUUUCCACGAGCAUCCUCAAGGCAAAUAAUGCAUCUGUGGUACUCUUUUCUCGGCAUGAAACCAUACUGAUGCUCGCAUAUACUUCUGUCCUGAGUCUAGCCUCCACUACUCUUUACCAUAACUUCAUUGUGUGGCUCAUCAUCUUUAUUCCUCUAUAGUUUCCAGACCUCUGAACAUCACCUUUGUUCCAUUUGCUCUCUUGGAUGCACAAUACAUCAACCUUUCUCCUAAUCAUCAUGUCAACUAACUCCUGAGCUUUUCCUGUCAUAGUCCCAACAUUCAAAGUCCCUACACACAGCUGUAGGGACUGUGCAUGCCUCUUCUUCUUCUGGCGACUAAGUCUCUUUUUUUGUCUUUGACCUACAUUACCUGAAUUUCUACCUACGCUUUGCAAAUUAACAGUGCCGGGGGCAGGCAUAGUUAGCCCAGGCCACAACCUAUCAGUUAUGGAAGUCAUUUGAUGAACGCUCAUAUGGCACUAGCACACUUUUCCGCCAUUCUUCUGGCAUCUUCUGUCCUGCUGGUAUUCUAUUGAUAAGUUGGUCAAAAACUCAACAGCCACCUCUCCAAAUUGCUUCCAUACCUCCACUCGUAUAUCAUCAGGACUAACUGUCUUUCCAUUUUUUUAUUCUGUUCAGUGCCUUUCUAACUUCCCCCUUACUAAUUGCCACAUUCUGGUCAUUCACGCUUGCCUCUUUGACUCUACCUUCUCUCCCAUUCUCUUCAUUCAUUAACUUCUCAAAGUACUCUUUCCAUCUACUUAACACACUACAUCACUUCAUCACCCCUGUUUCCUUCGCCAACGUCCAUUGAAAUGUGCACCAAUCACAACUCUCUCUAUCUCUCUCUCUCUCUCUCUCACUCUCUCUCUCUCUCUCUCUCUCUGUAACGUGAACAUGGAUGGACUUGAGUUUGGUCACUGGAACAGAAUGAGGACUUUAGCAUCUAAAAAUGUAUUAGUCUCAGCCUGAAUCUUGACUAUUGUUGCAAGAGUUGGGAAGAUGACUUUGGAAAUGUAGGUGAUUCCAAUUGCAAGUUACCCUGUUGAAAACUUUAUAUUUUAAAUAGUCUCGCAAAGUAAUUAAAUUACAUACGGCCAUGAGGCAGGGCAAACCCAGAACUGGUUGCCAGCCAAUCGCAGGGGACAUAGAAACGAACAACCAUUCACUCACAAGCACACCGAAGGGCUAUAGAGAGUCACCAAUUAAUGUAUGUGUUUUUGAUCUGGUAGGAAACCGUAGUGCCAAGAGAAAACCGAGAGAAGGACAGGAAGAACAUGCAAGCGAUCCACAUAACUGUGAGGCUGAACGCUCUAACCAGUCGUGCCACUGUGCCGCCUGCACCUACAGCAGAAACUGUGAAUGAGCCUCUGUUUUCCAUUUGAAUAAUAAUAUUAUAUGGAGCAAAGAGUAUGGCUAUGGAUACUAAUUCAUGCACAAAUGCAUGCACACACAUACGCACACACAGUUGUCUUCAUGAACCACAAUCUGCAUCCAUCUAUUAGUUAAUAGUAUUCAGAGAUUGUGUACUGAGAAUGCUGUGGUUGUUUAUUUCCAUGUACAUACGCUACUAUGUUGGCAUGUCAACCCUGCACUUAGUUGCUGAUUUGUUGUGGCUUCCACUUCACAAACAUUUAAAAGUUAUUGGUUCAUAUUGGCGGCACGGGUUGCUCAGUUGGUAAGAGCGUACUGAGGACCCGGGUUCAAUCCCGGCCCCGCCUUGAAGGAAUAUCUAUAGCAGACAGAGACAUUUUAAUUAGUCAACUAGUGAAUGAUAUUACAUUAUUUCUGAAUAAUUCUCAUCAAGUCACAAUUUCUAUUAAAAUAGUGUAACUAUUCUUUGUAGGGCGGAACGGUGGCGCAGCUGUAAAGCAUUGGUCUCAAAGUUCUGAGGUCUAGGGUUCAAUCCCGGCCCCACCUGUGUGACGUUUGCAUUUUUCUACCUGUGCUUGCGUGGGUUUUCUCCGGGCACUCUGGUUUCCUCCCACAUCUCAAAAACAUGCAACAUUAAUUGAACACUCCAAAUUGCCCCUAGGUGUGAUUGUGAUUGCGACAGUUGUCUGACUCCAUGUACUUUGCGAUGACUGGAAACCAGUUCAGGGUGUACCCCGCUUCCUGUCCGCUGACAGCUGGGAUAGGCUCCAUCACUACUGUGACGCUUUUGAGGAUAAGAAAAUGGAUGGAUAUUCUCUGUUUCAGAAUUCUGCUUAGAUGUAAACAAAUGUGAGAAUUUUUCCUUUUCAAAAUUGUACUGUACCUUGUCAUUUGAAAAUUGAGGUAGUGAGAUCUUUAGCGGUACAAUGUAUUUAUUUAAUUAAUUAAUUUCACGAUGUGCAAAAAGAUGCAGUUAUUGUUUAAUAAGUUAAUUACAAUCAGCUGUUGAAAUGUCUUCUCGAUUUAGUUUGCAUUGACUGGUAGCGCCAACCUGAGGGAGGUGGUGACCAGAAGGUCCAAAAGUAUUUUGAUGCUCUUGUCUUACUUCUGGCAGCAUGCAAGUCCUCCAGGAUGGGUAUUGGGGUAAAAACAAUCUUUUGAGCAGUUUUGAUUGUCCAUUGCAGUCGGAGUGUGUCCUUUUUUGUAUCAGAACCAAACCAGGCUGGGAUGGAAAAACACAGGACGGAUUACAACUGCCUCAACAGGUCCUGUGGCAAGCUGUGCUUCCUCAGGUGCUGCAGAAAGUACAUCUUUGGUAGGGUCUUUUAGAGGAUGGAUUAGAUUGUCCGUGGGUUGUUUUUCCACCUCCGGAGUGACUUUAAUUCUGAGGAAAUUUAAGAUCUCAAAGGUUGACAAAGAGCAGUUGGACAGCAUGAGGGGCAGCUGUGGCAAAGAUGCUUCCUGAGGUCCACAAUCCUCUCCACCGUCUUGAGCAUGUUCAGCUCCAGGUUGGGUCGGCCAGACCCCAGCUGCAGCUGUUCCAUGUCCUGUCGAUUGCAGACUCAUCAGCGUCUUUGAUGAGGCCGAUGGCUGUGGUGUCUUCUGCAAACAUCAGCAGAUUGACACCCAGGUGCAUUGAUGUGCAGUCAUUCGUGUAAAGAACACCGGAGAAAGGACACUACUUAGGGGCGCCCUCGUGCCGGUGGUAUGUGUAGAUGAGGAGGUGUCCGCCAGCCUAAUCUGCUGUGUCAUGCCCAAUACUAACAAAACUAAACAGGUCUUUGUUAUAAAUUCAAUAACUACAAUUUUAGUACCACAAAUUUGAAUAUUGUCAUUCAAAAGCUUUAUUUUUGAGAAUGAAACUUGACAAUACCUGAAAACAAUAUUUAACUGGGGGGGGGGUUAAAGCUGGAAUUUUGUGCUUUUCAUCUUAUGUUUUAUUGAAAAUCACCCUGGCUCCCUGGAUCUAUUAUUUUAUGUAUUAAUGACUAGAUAUGUUUUUGUGAUACUGAAAAGAAGUAUAUUUUCAAUAAAGAUUGUUUUAAAAAAUGUGUUCAUUGGCUGGCAACCAGUUCAGGGUGUGCCCUGCCUCCUGCCCGAUGACUUCUGGGAUAGGUUCCAGCACUCCCAUGAACCUUGUGAGGACAAGCAGCUCCAAAAAUGGAUGUUCAUGUAAUAUUCCUAACCUGUAGAUGGCACGAAUACAUCCAUCCAUUUUCUUAGAUGCUUAUCCUCACAAGGGUUGUGGGAGUGGUGGAGCCUAUCCCACCAAAUCCUAAUAAUCUCAGACUCUGGAAGCUGAACGAGUACUAAUUGUAUGAAAGGCUUUAUAAAAGUCAUGCAAAAGGAUAAAUCCAUCAUCGUCUUUCAAUCAAUUAUGGUACAAAAGGUGCAGUACUAUAUUAAUAUUGUGACUUGACCUUCCUUUCAUGAAUCCAGAGUGGGAGUUACUUAUAAUUGUAUGUAAAUAUUUUUUUCAAUUUAGUAACCAAGAUAAAAUAAUUUUUUAUAAUUGGGAAGCCCUGACAGGCAUCAUUGACAGAGGCUGGGGCCAUAAAGGACCCUAGUCACAGGUAUGAUCACAAUUUAUCGUUUAUGUUGACUUUAUAACACCCCGUGAUUUCCUUUGUUCUUAUGGGUACCCCGAAAAUGAUGUCAUGCCCAAAAAAAGACAGGAAAUUUGAGCUCACCUUGUUUUCAGCAGAUGUACAGUAACUCCUUUUAUGGUUAUCGGACAUAACACAAUUUUGUUUAACCAGACCUUUACGGUGACAGGAUGUGACGUCACUAGAUAGAGGUAUCCCUAGAGGUGAUGUCAUCGGGCAUGUGCGCAGGCAGUGUGCCAACAGUUGACAUCAUGGGCUUGGGGUGG